GGCGGCAUUGGCGAGCAUCCUCCGCUGAGCACUUGCCCGGGCAUGAUCGGAAUCCGUCUUUCUUGAAACCCCGAGACAGAGAACACAGAAUCUAAAGCCUUGGCCCGCCAGUGAGCGCCAAGAAGCCUAAAGCGUCCGCGGCGGCCUUGUCGGAGGCCGGAGCUCGCCUGUCAGGUGCCUGUCACUUUGGAAAAAUGAAUACUGGACAAGACCGGAUAGUCGCACUAGUAGACAUGGAUUGUUUUUUCGUUCAAGUGGAGCAACGACAAAAUCCUUAUUUGAAGAAUAAACCUUGUGCAGUAGUACAGUAUAAAACAUGGAAAGGUGGUGGAAUAAUUGCAGUGAGUUAUGAAGCUCGUGCAUUUGGGGUGACGAGAAACAUGUGGGCAGAUGAUGCCAAGAAGUUAUGUCCAGAUCUCCUGCUGGCACAAGUUCGUGAGUUGCGUGGAAAAGCUAACUUAACCAAGUACCGGGAAGCCAGUGUGGAAGUAAUGGGAAUAAUGUCCCGUUUUGCUGUGAUUGAACGUGCCAGCAUUGAUGAAGCUUAUGUCGACCUGACUAGUGCUGUACAAGAGAGACUCAGAAAGCUACAAGGGCAUCCUAUCUCAGCCAGCUUACUGCCAACCACCUACAUCGAAGGGUUACCUCAAAGCCCUCCCACAGCAAAAGGGACUGCUCAGAAAGAGGAGAGAAGAAAACAAGGGUUAUUACAGUGGCUUGAUUCUCUUCAAAUCGAUAACACCACCUCUCCUGAUCUGCGGCUCACUGUGGGAGCAGUGAUUGUAGAGGAAAUGAGAGCAACCAUAGAGAAGGAGACUGGUUUCCAAUGUUCAGCUGGAAUUUCACACAAUAAGGUCCUGGCAAAACUGGCCUGUGGCCUAAAUAAGCCUAACCGUCAGACACUGGUCUCAUUUGGCUCAGUCCCGAAGCUCUUCAGCCAAGUGCCUAUUAGCAAAAUCCGUAGUCUUGGAGGAAAGCUUGGAGCUUCUGUCACUGAAGUCCUGGGCGUAGAAUACAUGGGUGAACUGACUCGGUUCACUGAAUCUCAGCUUCAGUGUCAUUUUGGGGAAAAGAAUGGAUCAUGGCUCUAUGCUAUGUGCCGCGGGGUUGAACAUGAUCCCGUUAAACCCAGGAAACUACCCAAAACCAUUGGCUGCAGCAAGAACUUCCCAGGAAAAACAGCUCUGUCUACUCCGGAGCAGAUACAAUGGUGGCUUUUGCAGUUAGCUCAGGAACUAGAAGAGAGGCUAACCAAGGACCGAAAUGAUAAUGACAGGGUAGCUACCCAGUUGGUCGUAAGCAUUCGUGUACAAGGGGACAAACGUCUUAGCAGCCUGCGCCGCUGCUGUGCCCUCACCCGCUACGAUGCUUCCAAGAUGAGCAGUGAUGCCUUUGCUCUCAUCAGAAACUGCAAUACUGCUAGAGUCCAAACUGAAUGGUACCCUCCGCUCACAAUGCUUUUUCUCUGUACCACCAAGUUCUCCGCCUCUGCUCCUCCUUCCUUCACAGACAUUACUCCCUUCUUGAGCAGCGAAUCAAGUGCUCAGCCCAAAGUGCCAAUGACCAGCUCUGAAGUCAAGACCCAGGCAAGUGGCCCAGCAGUGACUCCUAACAAGAAGGCAGUCACUUCUCUGGAAUCGUUUUUCCGAAAAGCUGCAGAAAGACAGAAAAUCAAGGAAACUUCCCUUUCCUCUCCGACUGCCACGACCCAGACUUCCACGAGUAAUUCACCAUCUGCGCCUUCAUCACCUUUCCAAACAAGUCUCACUACACAAGGUGAACCCUUCUAUAAGCAGAAAAGUCUGAAUAAUCCUUUAGCCGUCAUUCCUGCACAAAAUGCAUCGUCCGGCUCUAAAGUCCUACCAGACUGUUUACCAGCAGAGAAUCCAGGUUGUGCUCCUGUCAGUGAAGAGCUGCUGGAGCCAGGUUCCUCUCAAACAGCUCCUGCACAGAUGGAUUCGGCCCAGCACAGCCCAAGCACACUUGCUUUAAACUCCAAGUCAGCUCUGGCUGUAGCUCAGAAGGCAACUACUAGCACAAGUCUGGCUGCCGAGGACCAGGUGCCUUGUGAGAAGUGUAGUGUUCUGAUCCCUGUAUGGGAAAUGCCUGAACAUGCAGACUACCACUUUGCAGUAGAGUUGCAGAAAUCUUUUUUGCAGCCCCAUCCCUCAGGCUCCCCGGCAACUCCUACCAGUUCUCCUCAGAAAAGAACUAAGAGUCCUUUGGCCUCUAGUAGUAAACGUCCAAGGCCUCAGGGCAUGCAGACUUUGGAAUCAUUUUUCAAGCCAUUAACACAUUAGCAUUGUCUCAGGCUUGCUGCAGGAUUUUGAUAUUCUAAAAUUCAAAAAUUCAACUAUGUUCACUUAAGAAUAUUUGUAACUAUAAAUAUUUUAAUUUUUUGAUGGUUUAUCAAUCCCCUAAAGAUCCACCCAGAUGCUUUACAAGCAUGGUUGCUGAUAAGCUCUAAAACUGAACUUUGUUUUUGUCUUUUGACCACACC